AUGAGAACCCAUUAUGGUGGUUUUGAGGAAGUUGGCGCCACAGCAGUUGAUUGUAAGAACUUCAAGAGAGAUAUUAAUGCUUACAUUGGUAAACACGAUGCUGAAAUGGUUGUUUCUCGUUUGAUGGACAAGAAACGUUAUUUACCUGAUUUUUCAUGUGAGUAUCUCAACGAUGAGAAAGGUGAGCUUCGUGGUCUGUUUUGGGCUGACGAAGAAAUGAAGCAUAAUUAUAUGCAAUUUGGGGAUGUUAUCGCAUUCGAUUCCACGUUUCGUUCAAAUAAAUAUGACAUGGUAUUUGUCCCUUUCACCGGUAUAGAUAAUCAUCACAAGAACGUUACCUUUGGUGCUGCUCUGUUAGCAUCGGAGACUGCUGAGUCAUAUAAUUGGUUAUUAUCGGCUUUUAAAAAAUGUUAUGGACGGGAACCACGUGUAGUUGUUACUGAUCAAGACCCCGCGAUGAAAAAGGCGAUACGGGAGGUGUUUACUACAAGUCGACACCAGCUGUGCAUGUGGCACAUCAUGAAAAAGGUUGCCGAAAAGGUUGGGCCGACGUUGAAGAAAGAUAAGUCUUUUAGACAACGCAUUUGUGACAUUGUUUGGACUGAUGCAAUUCAGCCGGAGGACUUUGAGGAAAAGUGGAAAGAAAUCAUGAGUGAUUUUCAUUUGACUGGAAACAAAUGGUUGUCCGAUAUGUAUGCAAUUAGGAAUGAUUGGAUCCCUGCUUAUUAUCGUCACGAGAACAUGUCAGGUUUGAUGCGAACAACAUCUCGUUCAGAGAGCGAGAAUCGUUUUUUUGGGCAAUUUAGACGCAGCAGUCAUACCCUUGUUGAAUUCAUCAGUCAUUUUGAAACGACAAUUGAGUCACAACAAUACAAGCACCGGAAAAAUGAUCACGACACAAGGAAUACAACUCCAGAUUGGGUUACGGAUUUAAAUUUUGAGAGAGAAGCUAAUGAAAUAUAUACCAGGAAUAUAUUUAACGAUCUUCAGCAUGAGUUACUCCUCAGUGUUACAGAAUCACACUCUAUGAACGUUGAACAAGUCGGUGAAUUUAUUAAGUUUUCAAUUAAGGAUUUAGAUGUUGAAGGUUCAGUCUUGCGUGAGGUGCUUUUUCGAGAAGAUGAUAUGGAAAUAAAAUGUAGCUGUGGUAGGUAUGAACAAUAUGGUGUGCUAUGUAGGCACAUUUUUUUGGUGCUAAAGAUGUCUAAGGUUGAAACUUUUCCCAAAAAAUAUGUUACGCGAAGAUGGACGGGAGAUGCUGUCCCAAGGAAGACUGUUACGUCAGUUAAGGAGAACGCCGAAGCUAAUCAGACAGUGGACGGUGUUAAUAAAGUUGUACAUGAAAUUAUGAUUGGGACUGAGUAUAUUGUUGAUAAAUUGUCAAAGGACAUGGAGAAGCUGGCGUUGUAUAGAGAUAAAGUUAAAGGAGAUAUUGCUCAACUAGAUGAGAUUUGCGGGUCUUCUCAACCUAUACAGAAGAAGGACAGAAUUGCUACUUUGCUUGGGUUUAAGCAACCUGAUAAAGAUACUGUUCGAGCUCCGGUUGGUAUUAGAACUAAGGGGUGUGGUUUUAAAAAACGGAUUAAGUCUACUUUUGAGCAAGUUUCUACUAAACAGCCAAGGAAGCAAAGGACAUGUGGUAUAUGUGGUUCUCACGAGCACGACAAAGGUAAAUGUGAUAAAAAACCGGAAGCAAGUUGA